GAGUUGGAGAAGAUUAAGGAGCUAGAGUGUGUAGUUAUGAUGAUCUCGAUAGGCUUGUGACUAGUCAAGCCGUAGUUUUACGACUACUGGCCCAAAAUAAGAUUGUGAAUCCUAAUCAGAAACGUGAUGACUAUAGAUAGGCCAAAUUCCAAGCCAUGAGACUCCGUCACGGUAACUUUAACUUGACCGUCAAACAACAGUAACAAUGAUUGGGGUACCGAGGUUGGCACAUGCGAUGUACAUACAUAUCCAGCAGUUUGGAUCAUCAGUUUUAUUCUCAUUCUUACCACACGACUCAAAUUUUCUCUAUAAAUCCCACAAGGAAAACCAUAUACUCCAUCGCAUUCAGGAACAUGUUGCAUCUUCUCCGAAUUCCACAAGCACAUUCGAAGAUUCGGCUGCACCCGCUGUAACGACUGCUUGCACAGGUGUAUCUCCUGAUCCGCCUGACUUUUUGGAGGGAGAACAGAUAGGCUGGAACGCUGGCUUUUACGCGCCUGGUCUGGGAGCUUGUGGAAUCGUGAACACAGAUACCGACUUUAUCGUGGCCAUGACCCACAUUGUCUUUGACGCGUAUCCCGGAUACGACGGCGUAGACUGCAAUCCGAUUUGCAACAGACCAAUUGUUGUUACAUUCCAAGGCAAAUCCGUGGAGGUCACCGUCACAGAUGAUUGUGUGGCCUGUGGUAACAAUGAGCUACAAUUAUCACCUGCUGCAUUCGAGCAGCUUGCAGAUGAAUCUGAAGGAUUAAUUGAUGUUUCGUGGAGCUGGGCUAAUUGAUUGUAAUUUGCGCAAGUUAUUUUGGAUGCUCUCGGAUUCUUCGACAUAGGCUAAGGAAAACCGAAGGUUAACGACAAUGUUAGUGAUCGUU